AUGUCUAGAGUGUCUAUUGAGGUGUCGAGUCCGUUGGGGCAAACAGUGUUAGUGAAUCAGGUCUAUCUAAGAUACCCGUUGAUUAUACAGAAUAAAACUUUUCUGGUUAACUUGUUAAUUAUGCCAUUUGGGGACUUUGAUAUAAUUUUGGGCAUGGAUUGGUUAUCCGAAUAUGGGGUGAUUUUGGAUUGUUACAAAAAGAGGUUCAGUAUUCAGACAGAGGAUGGGGACAGAGUUGAAGUAAGUGGCAUCCGUACCAGUGGUCCGACACGCAUCAUUUUGGUAAUAAAAGCUAAUAAAUUGCUUCAGGAGGAUUGUUCAGCAUAUUUGGCAUAUGUUAUUAAUUCUGAUUUAGUUGGAAGUCAGUGUAGUCAGAUCAGGACCGUAUGUGAGUUUUCAGAUGUAUUUCCUGAAGAAUUGCUGGGCUUACCACCUAACAGAGAGGUUAAAUUUGCUAUUGAAGUGUAUCCGGGUACAGCACCAAUCUCUAUACCUCCAUAUCGAAUGUCGCCCACUAAGUUGAAAGAGUUGAAGGUGCAGUUACAGGAUUUACUAGAUCGUGGAUUUAUUAGACCAAGCAUUUCACCCUGGGGAGCUCCAGUGUUGUUUGUUAAAAAGAAAGAUGCGAUUGUCCAAUGGAAACCACCCAAGAAUGUAUCAGAGGUACGCAGUUUUCUCAGUUUAGCUGGGUAUUACAAGAGGUUUGCAAAUGGAUUCUCAAAUAUCGUACUACCAAUGACUAAACUACUGCAAAAGAAUGUUCCUUUUAUCUGGGAUGACCAGUGCCAGAAGAGUUUUGAGACUUUGAAGCAAAUGUUGACAGAGGCACCGGCAGAACAUCAAGUUCCUACUGGAUUACUUCAGCCUAUUAGCAUUCCUGAGUGGAAAUGGGAUCGUAUUACAAUGGAUUUUGUUACAGGAUUACCAUUGUCAGCAAGUAAAAAGAAUGCUAUCUGGGUAAUUGUUGAUCGGCUUACAAAAUCAGCUCACUUUAUAGCUGUUAGAACAGAUUGGUCAUUGCAGAAGCUUGCAGAAGUGUAUAUUCGAGAAAUUGUUAGAUUACACGGUAUUCCGGUGUCAAUAAUCUCAGAUCGAGAUCCUCGGUUCACAUCGAGAUUUUGGAGACAGCUACAUGAAUCAUUGGGUACUCGACUUAACUUUAGUACGGCUUUUCAUCCGCAAACAGAUGGACAGUCCGAACAGGUAAUACAGAUAUUAGAAGAUAUGCUUCGGGCUUGUAUCAUUGAUUUUGAAUCAGGUUGGGAACGUUAUUUGCCAUUAGCUGAAUUUGUCUAUAACAAUAGGUUCCAAUCUAGUAUUCAAAUGGCUCCGUAUGAAGCAUUAUAUGGUCGAAGGUGUCGAUCACCGGUAUGUUGGACAGAAUUGAAUGAAAGAAAAAUGAUUGGGCCAGAAUUGAUUCAAGAAACAGAAGAAACAGUUAAGAAGAUUAAAGAUAGAUUGAAAGCAGCUUUUGAUAGGUAGAAAUCAUAUGCAGACUUGAAACGGUGAGACAUUGAAUAUUCUGUUGGUGAUAAAGUAUUCCUCAAAGUAUCACCUUGGAAGAAAGUUUUGAGAUUUGGCCGAAAGGGUAAGUUAAGUCCACGUUUUAUUGGGCCGUAUGAGGUUGUGGAAAGAAUUGGGUCUGUUGCCUACCGACUAGUUUUACCUCCAGAAUUACAGAAAAUUCAUGAUGUUUUUCAUGUUUCGAUGCUCCGGAGAUAUAGAUCGGAUCCUUCCCACAUUAUUCCUACUGAAAAUAUUGAAAUUCGGUCUGAUUUGACUUAUGAAGAAGAGCUGGUUCAGAUAUUAGCUCGAGAAGUAAAAGAGCUGAGAAAUAAACGGGUCCCUCUAGUAAAAGUGUUAUGGAGGAGUCAUAAUAUGGAAGAAGCGACUUGGGAACCGGAAGAAACGAUGAGAGCACAAUAUCCUCAU